AUGUCUCCAGAAAUGGAUCCCACAGAGACUUCCCCGUUGCUGGGGCCUCAAAGCAACGGCAAUGCUCCCUCGACCGGGGCAAUCCCCAGGGAUCCCGAAUCCGCAGAGCAGUCCGAUGCAGCACAAAACAAGGAUGCCGCUGAGAACAGAAAUAAACUCGCAUACAUUAUCCCUGCGGUCUCGCUUGGAAUCUUCUUGUCGGCCGCCGACCAGACGAUUAUCAUGGCCAGUUACGGUCAAAUUGGGAGUGAUCUCCAUUCGCUCAAUCUCACCAGCUGGAUCGCGACGUCUUAUUUCUUAACCCUAACGUCUUUUCAACCCCUAUACGGUAAAUUGAGCGAUAUCUUCGGCCGGAAGACCUGUUUGUUGUCAGCAUAUGCCAUCUUCGGCACGGGCUGCUUGUUCUGCGGUCUGGCACAGAACAUUCAUCAUUUGAUUGCUGCUCGUGUCUUCCAAGGCAUUGGAGGCGGUGGGAUGACUACCGUGGUCAACAUUCUCAUGAGCGAUAUUAUUCCCCUCCGAGAUCGGGGAGUAUGGCAGGGAGUCGUCAACAUCAUCUACGCCAGUGGCUCAGGAAUUGGCGCACCCCUAGGUGGAGUCUUAGCCGAUUACAUCGGUUGGCGAUGGGCCUUUAUUGCCCAAGUUCCACUUUGCAUAAUUGCCUUCAUCGCUGUGUCUAUCAUGCUAGACCUACCUUCGCGAGAAGACAGUCACUGGAAAGAUAAACUCCGGCGCAUUGAUUUCCCUGGCGCGAUCGUCCUCGUUGGGGCUGUUUUCAGCUUUCUGCUUGGUCUUGAUCGAGGCAGCAAUGUAUCUUGGUCUUUGCCUAUAACAAUCGUCUCGCUGAGCGUAUCGGCGGUCCUGUUUGUGCUCUUCCUUGUGAUUGAGACCUACUACGCAAGGGAGCCGUUCGCACCCCGUCACAUAAUUUUUGACCGCACAUUCUUUGCGGCCUACAGUUGCAACUUCUUCAGUUUCGGGGGCGUUAUCGCCUCUCUGUUUUACAUCCCGCUGUAUUUCCAGGCCGUAGAUGGCGUCUCUGCUACUGCUUCUGGAUUACGGCUCCUACCUAGUAUACUCACUGGAGUUUCUGGCUCACUAUUUGCUGGGUUCAUGAUGAAAUGGACUGGGAAAUUCUACUGGCUAACGGUGAUCGCGUAUGCGGUUCUGACUCUGGGAGUAACACUAAUCUUCCUGUUCUCGGGGGGAGUUACCGAGAACCUCGUUGUUAUGAUUAUAGGAACAAUGGCACAGUCUUUUGGUAAUGGCAUCGGUGUCACGACCACUCUGAUCAGUUUGAUAUCAAACUCGACACCCGAGGAUCAGGCUGUGGUCACUGCCUGCUCGUAUCUCUUCCGAUCUUUGGGAUCAGUGAUUGGGCUUUCCCUGUCUUCCACGGUGGUGCAGCAAGUCCUGCGCGGGCGACUGAGGUACGCCUUGCGCGACAGCGAGGAUAUCGAUCGUAUCGUCGAGGGCGUCCGCCAGAGUCUCGAUUUCAUCAAAACCCUUGAUCCAGCCGUUGCAAAGGUUGUUCGCAGCUGUUACGGAUGGGCAACAAACAAGGGCUUUUCUCUCUUGGUUGGCAUCGUGUUCUUUGCCCUUGUCAGCAGCUUCUUCAUUCGCGAGAAGAAACUGACACGAUGA